AGGAAUUUUCAAGGAGGAGAACCAUACUAGUGUGCCAUACUUGUGGUGCACCAUUGACUGUUUAAGGAAGUAGUUCUGGUUUAAUCUGGCUAUAAGACUAAACCUCCUAUGUAAGAUACUUAGACCUAUUCAUAGCCACUCGAUCUGUAUCACUGCUCGUGCUGUAACAACAUUCAAAGCAACACAGUUCAAGAAGAAUAGCCAGACUCGCUAAGCUCGGGAUUUACUAGGCUAAGUUGUCUGGUUUGGGGUAGUCAAACUGUUCUGGCAACAAGAGUUGAUAAGAUGUGGAAAGAGUUGAAGAAAAACCAGCUAGUCAAGUACGGUGCUGUGACCACAGUGACAACCAUCAUGCCGUUUGUCUCCAAACCAGGCUAUGUUUUACUGCGAAAGUGGAUCGCCGGUGGGAUAUGCCGCAGCCGUGCCAAACUGCAUGGAAGGACUGUGGUGAUCACUGGUGCCAACACUGGCAUCGGCAAGGAGACGGCCUGGGAUAUGGCCAUGAGAGGAGCUCGGGUCAUCAUGGCUUGCCGAGAUCUCACCAGGGGAGAAGCAGCUGCAGCAGAGAUCCGCAGUUCCACAGGAAAUACUAACGUGGUGGUGCAACAACUAGACCUGGCCUCCCUCGGUUCAGUACGUCAGUUUGCUCGGGAAUUCAUUGCCACAGAGACCCGUCUGGACAUACUUAUCAACAACGCAGGUAUAAUGCUGUGUCCCAAAAGCCUCACAGUGGAAGGUUUUGAGAGUCAAUUUGCCGUCAAUCACCUAGGUCACUUCCUAUUGACCAAUCUGCUCCUGGACAUGCUGAAAGCCUCCACCCCCAGCCGUGUCAUCAAUGUGUCUAGCAUCGCUCAUCAAGGCGGGAAAAUCCACUUUGAAGACCUUAAUUUUGAUAAGAAAGGUUACAACUCAGUAAUCGCCUAUAAGCAGAGUAAACUGGCCAACCUCCUCUUCUCUAGGGAGCUGGCACGAAGGACCAAAGGUACUGGAGUGACAUCAUAUUCCCUGCACCCCGGAGUUAUCCGGACAGAGCUGUGGCGCCACUCGCAGUCAAAGUACCCCACGUUGAGUGCCAUGCUGUCAGCCCCCGCCUGGCUCCUGAUGAAGACCCCCAGGGAGGGUGCCCAGACCACCAUCUACUGCGCCGUCAAUGAAGGGCUGGAGGAGAAGAGUGGCUGCUACUUCAGUGACUGUCAGGUAAAGGAACCAGCUCCUGAGGGAAGAGAUGAUCUUGCAGCACUGAGACUAUGGGGUGUUAGCGCCGGGCUAGUAGGACUCAUUAAGAACAACUGAACAACUCGCCUUGCAACAAGGUGACACUCCCAACCCCACCUGCAAGGGCCCCCCGGAUACUGCCAUAUUUUUUCCAUGCUGGCUCUUAACUUUCAUAUCAGAAGGGUAAUUGUAAGAUAUCCUGUAUUCUAUAUAUAUAUAUAU